CCGCGGUUCCCCCGAGCCGGGCCCGGCUCCGCCGCUGCCUUCCCGACCCCGCGCUGCGGGCAGGGGUAGCCCGGAGGUGUCCCAGGAACGCGGGCCCGCCCCGGGAGCAGCGGAGCCCCCUCGGCGCGGCUCCCCCGGCUGCCGCUGGCCGCCAAUCCCGGAGGAGCCCCGCGGGGACCGGCCCGGGUCACCAUGUCCCGCGGGGGCAGCCGCUGGCCGGUUCGCCUGCUGCUGAUCGCCUGCCUGAUGGCCGGGCCGGCGCUGAGCCAGGAGUGCUCGGCGGAGAAGAUGGAGAAUUCCAUCAUCGAUAUAGACCUGUCGCUGCCCCGCGGCGUCCGGGGCGCGGAGCCGCUGCGCGUCCCCAGCGCGGGUGCGUGUGUCCGCGCCUGCUGCUCGGGGCACCGGCUCGCAGGAGACAAGAAGUGUAAUUUGAUUAUUUUUUAUGCUGCAAGAACAAGUACACAUCCAAACUGCUACUUGUUUUACUGUCCUAGCACUGAGGCUUGUCCAAUGAAACCUGCAACAGGACUUGUGAGCUACAAGAUAACUACAGAGGAUAAAUCCAUCAAAACUGUGAACUUUUCUUCAAAUGAGUAUUCUUUGCCUUUGGAUGCUGGAACCUUUAUUUCUCACAGUCAGGAUAUCCAUCAGAAUCACACUGCCAGUUUGGAGCAGUCUGUCCUUCAUCAGGCAUCUGAACUCCUGAACCAUAUAGGCAAGCAUUUGGCCAACAUGGAACUUCAUACAGUUUCUCCUGAAUCUCAAAGAGCAAAUGAAUCUGAGAGCUUAGACCCCAUCUCAAGGCAGCAGGGAAUUAAUGUGCCACCAAGGACUCCUUCUGCUGCUCCAGUUGGAAACCCCAGUGCUUCCUUCCUCAUCACUGCUCAGGCAGGUGUCCCUGAAACCAGCACUGCUUCUCUUGCUGCUCUGCCAACAGGCACUGCCCAGCUGGAGUCUCUUACAACCUCUCUGCAUCCUGGUGCUGACAAACCAACCACAGGUGCCUCUCCACCUGCUGCAGCCACUGCAGCUAAACCUGCUGUCCCUGCCACCAGCAUCGCUGUUACUCAUGUUCCUCUUUCCAAGCCCACAAAUUCUGCUUCUCCUUCUACAACCGUGCAGGUGACCACGAAUUCUGGAUCUGCUACUGCUCUGUCAAGGCUAAGGACUCCAGCCAUGGCUCCUGAGCCAACAGCUGUCUCCUCCAAUGAUACCAGCCAUGUGACCCUGCUCUCUUUUCCAGGUUUCAUUCUGUCCAGCGAUUCCCCUGCAUCUUCCCAAAAUGACCUUCAGGGUUAUGACCCAUCUGACUCAGAAAGCUCCCUGUCAGAAGGCGUUCUGAAAGGGAAAGAUGUCUUUCAGCUGGGGGAAAAAAGCAGCCUUGUAGCAGCUUUGUUUUUUGGGGUGAUGUUCUUGUUGCUAGUUAUUGUGCUGACAGGGAAGAAAAUCCACGAAUCUCUUCAGAAGAGGCAUUACACAAGGCUGGAUUAUUUGAUCAAUGGGAUUUAUGCUGAUGUCUGACUGGGAGAGGGAAUAAAAUUUUGGGGAGCAUCUCUCACUUUUGAGAGGAGAGCUCUGAAAUGGAACAGUAGAUAUUGAAAUCUCAGAAGAGGAUGGAUUCCUUUUUUUGGGCUCUAAUGGGAAAGCAGGAGACAGGAGAUGGGUUUGGUGGUGAGAAGGAAUGCUCUGUCUGUGCUGAACUAUAAUGUCUGUCAUUUUUGAUUUAUUCCUAAAUCCUGAGAGUAAACAUCUAAAUCCAAGUUAAGCUAAGAAGGUCUUAUAUUUAAGGAGAAAAGGCAUUUCAUGAGCUUAAUCUGUACUGUGACAAGAUUAGUGAAAUUGAAGUACACCUAAUAAAUUGAGUACCUGUGCAGCACAUGGGUGUUUUCAAUGCUAUUUGCACCAAAUGCUGGUGCAAUCCUAUUUACCCUAUUUGUAGCUUUAAAGGAAUACUUAGUAAUAGAGCUUUGCAUCCAAAUGGUUUUAGGUACAAACAGGAAAAAAUUAUAUUACAUAUGGCAUAAUUUAAUUUUCUUUAUCUAAAUAUAGUUUAUGGUUAUAUACAUAUCUUUAAAGUUCUUCUUCUGCACACAUCACAGGUAUCCUUAAAACCACAUACUGCAAAUGUGAGUGCUCUCAAAGCACACCCUCUUCAUUUCUAGCAUCCCCUUCAUGUGACUGGUAAUUAGCAUGGCUGUUUAGUAACAGUUAUCUUGAUAUUCGAGUUUUUUUCCAACCUAAACAACUCUAUGAUUUUAUGUUUUCCUGACUCUUCAACAGGGAGAGUAAGUGGGAGCAUCUACUACCACACAACUUCCAGUUCACAUUAUUUAAAUUUCCUUUCAUGUGCAGUCAGUCUAAACCUGGUUUUAGAAUGAAAGGCUGGAUUUCAAAGUGUUCGUGUCAGGUGGCAUGAUCGACAACAAAUGUCACAGCAGAGAAGGAAAGGUGCCUCAUGAAUGCAAGGAAACAAUUCUAUUACAAAAUAUGAAAUUUGACUCACAUCCAAGAGAUCUUUAGAUCUGUCGAGCUUAGUGUGGUGGGAAGCAGGUGUGAUCCAAAAAAUGGCCUCAAGGCAAGUUUUCUGAAAGCUCUAAAUAACUAAAUGCAGAAAAUUCUCUGAAAAUUCCAUUAUUCAGAGAUCAAAGAAAAGUCAGUGUUCCUUGUGUCAAGAACUUGAAUUCUUACUAUAUGGAGGCUGCAAAUUGCUUUAUAUAUAUAUAAAAGCAGCUGGUAUGCUACAUUGUUUAAGUAUGACAAUGGUUAAAAGAAAAGUAAUCUGGAUAACCUCUUAAAAGUGAACAAAAUUACAGAAGAAAUGUACCUCAAAUUUAGAAAUGUACCUAAAAUUUAUCAGCUUGUUUUUUGACUGUGCUUUGUUAAACUUAAUUUUUUUUUCCUUUUUAUUUUAAUAGCUAUUUUCAGAGGUUUCUGGUCAAGGAACAUAACAGGGAGGAAAUUUUCCAUUUUUGGGAAAUGAGUUCACAGAAUGAUAAGUGCUAGUCCUAGCUGUAAAAGUGCAGAUGCAGAUCUGAGGUUCACCAUAAUUUUCUCUCAUAAGAACUGCAAACUUCAUGAGAAGCUUUCUAUGUUGCUGGAGUCAUCACAGCAGGAGAGGUGCUGAGAACAACCCCUGAAUGCUCACUGUGCAUUUCUGCUGCAAUAAAUAAUUUGUUGGAGGGAAAGGUGGUUGGUAUUAAUCGAUAUGGUUACAGUACAGUAGCAAAAUAUUCAAGAGAAACCUGCAGAUGUAUCUCAGGGUUGUUCAGAGCACAAGUAAUAUAUUCAUCUGCAGAGGGGCAUUUUUCAAGGACAUGCAGUGAUAGGACAAGGGGGAAUAGCUUUAAAUUAAAGAGAGAAGGUUUAGAUUAGAUACUGAGAAGAAAUUGUUUCCUGUGAGGGUGCUGAGGCCCUGGCACAGGGUGCCCAGAGAAGCUGUGGCUGCCCCAUCCCUGGAAGUGCCCAGGGCUCGGGUUGACAGGGCUUGGAGCAGCCUGGGAUAGUGGAAGGUGUCCCUGCCCAUAGCCAAGGGUUGGAAUGAGCUGAUCCUUAAGAUCCCUUCCAACCCAAAGCACUCUCUGGUUACUCAGUGUGUUCCAUGUCAUUAGGAGCUGCCUUCCAGCCCAGUCAGCAGUGCACACCCAGCACAGGGAAUGGCAGAGGUAAAGCUGAGAGGUGCUCAGGCACCAUGCCUCAUUUGGUGAGGGUGCUGACCUCAGUGGCCUUUCACAACAUUUGAAUAAAACAAACAACUUUAGAAGUUGUUACAUGAAAGAUCUUUUAUGCUCCUGUAAGAAAACAAGGUAUCAGGCAGGUGUAUUGAAAUAUUUUUUAACUAUUAUUUUUCCCUUUCAUAUGUCAUGUUGGAUUAAGAACUAACAGCUGACCAGUCUGGAUCUUUCUGGAGGGGCCUAUUCAAGCUGUGUUUGAACACUAGAGGGCAACAACAGUUUAUUAAAUAGAAUUGACAAGUUAUGAGGAUUUUUGAUGAUUUAAAAAAGUUUUAGUUAGAUUUUUUUUUAACUUCCCAAAUGAUGGCUAUUUCAUUGCAGAAAGGUUUUAUAGGAAAGGUUUUUGUUUAUUGAAAGGGUUUGGGUGGAGGAUUAUCUGCACACAUUAUUAAAACUUUUUACUGCAUCAUAUAAUGUAGAAGACAACAAAACUAAGCAUAUUCUCUAUUUUAAUAACAUUGAAUCAGGUUGCAUUAUUAGUCAUGUAUUGGCAUUUCCAUUUAACAGAGAAAGAGAGAGAUUUCCCAUCAUCAUUCUUUUGACUAUGAUGCUUUAUUAUAUGCAUUUUUGGAGCUUAUUUAUUUGCCUAGAUAAUGCUUUUGCAUUAUGACUCAAAAAGGAACAAGACAAAGUAACUAAAAAAGUCCAUCCAGUUUGUUAUGCUUUCCAACAUUAAAACUUCUGUGCACUCUUCUGUUUUUCCACUGACAUCUCCUGUGGUCUUCACUGUGCACCACACAUGGAAGUGGAUCAUUAAUCACCAUGCUAUGAUGACAAGUCUCACAUUGGGGUGGCUCUUUCUGGCCAUAACCAGUUCUGUUAUGGCAGCAGGCCAAAAGCUGAUUGACUUUUGUCACCUGGAGAGUGUCAUACAUCCUGUAGAUGCUUGUUUUCCUGUUGUUGCUUUACAGUGCUGAGCAAACACAAGGUGUGUAAAUAUAGACUGUCAUGAACAAAACUGUCUUGUGGUAUUGUACAAUAAAGCAAAUAGCCCAAAUUUUGUAACCACUGCAAACAAUUGUAAAGAAAUAAAUUAUAGCUCUGUUUGAGAUGGAUGAGAAGGGUGCAAAGUCCCUACCUCAAAGGGCAGCAAACUCAGCAUGGUGUGUUCUCUGCAAAUAAUGCUUCAGUUCAUUUUAACUCCUGUAGGAGCAGGAAAUGCUUACACUCAGGAUUAUUUCAAGUAAGUUACUAACCAACUAACAAAACCCAACAAACAAGGAAAUAAAGCCAUGAAAAAAGAGAAUUAUGUGAGAAGGCAGUUUCAAAACUGUUUUCCUGCCUCCUGCAAAGCCAUCUUAGUGGAUUUGAAUCUGAUGACAUGCUUUGAUCCCACACUCCAUGCUGAUAAAAACGUGGAGUAUAAAGUGCCAGUGCUGCAGUCUGCAGUCCCCAGGCAGUGUCCCAUCACACAGAGAGCUCUGCUCCUGUAGACUUCUUUCUGUCACCCUCCUGAAAUGGGCCUAGACAGCUGUGCUCUCCCUGUGCAUUACUCAUCCUCUCAUACAGCUAAUGCACUUCUCUACAUUAAUUCUCAGUGAAUUCCUGUUCAUUGGUAGUUGUGGGAUAGCUGCAUCCCCUCAUCCUUGAGGUCUUGCACAUCCCUUCAGGAGUGUACAUGCUGUUCCCAGAUGCUUUCCCAGUGUCUUGAUAGGUAUGUCCCCUGAAGGGCUAGGAUAUAGUGAACAUCUUCCUUCCUCUUCAGAAAGCCUACACCCAAUCUCACAGUCUAAAUUUGCUUUUUUUCUUUUAGGUCUCUACACUUCUUGAGGAUGUCAAAGCACAAAGCAUAAAACUGCUGCUCUUUGUCACCUGUGUGUUUGGUAUUAUAAAAAAUGUAUAAAAGUAUUUUUAAGCUUCA